AAGGGCGCGUGCGUCAGUUAUCACACGUCUCUCUGCCUCUCUCCCACACCUUGCUCCACCACUCCACGCUGAUCUCCAGGAGGCCAUCAAUGGCGAUGGAGGUGGAGUCGGCCAAGUGCGAGUGCUGCGAGCUAAGGGAGGACUGCACCCGUGGUUACAUCGUGGGCGUGAAGGCAGACUUCGGCGGGCGGUGGCUGUGCGGGCUGUGCUCGGAGGCGGUGAGGGAGGAGGGGAGGAAGAGGGGCAUGGAGGAGGCGCUGGAGGACCACAUGGCCUUCUGCCGCGGCUGGUGCAGGAGCAAGGACCCCGCGCUCAGGGUUGCCGACGGCAUGCGGCAGAUGCUGCUCCGGCGGCGGCGCUCGAAGUGAGACGAGGCGGACCGAAGUGAGCGAUCACGUCGCACGAAGGGUGUGCCACCGGCGAUGGAUGAACUCGGCGCUGCCAUGCCAUCUAGAAAAUGAGUCCCGCACAAGAUCGACGCGGAUGAGAAGUGAUCAGUCUCUUUGAGCUGGUGUGGCAUUGAUCGCCAAUAAGCCAGGGGUUCAAGUAUGUAAUGUACUGUAGUGAAGUAAUAAAUCUCAGCUAGAUUGAGACUGCAUAUUGGCAGUUUAUUGGUUAGUCUCGCUGAAACUUCAGCUCAAGACGACGAACUGAAUCACAUUUCUUCUUUCAGAUGAUGUGAUGAUGCCUGCCGUCUGGUCCUCAUCUUCCCUGUCGAUUCCCUGCUACAUGCGUGCGAUCUUCCUUCAUCCAAUGACAAUCUACCGAUUAUCCAUUAGAGCAUCUCCACUCAUCCCCCAUA